AUGGAGGUGGGCGGGCUCCCAAUGGAGCUUUGGAGGGUUAUCUUAGCCUACCUGCCUCUCGCCGACCUGGGCCGCUGCUGCCAGGUGUGCCGAGCCUGGAGGGAGUUGGUCCUCUCUCUGGACAAUACCCGCUGGAGGCAGUUGUGCCUAAGCUGCCCUGAGUGCAGACACCCCAACUGGCCCAGUAAGCCUCACCUGGAGCCUCCAUCCUGGAGGGAAGCCCUGAAACAACAUGCUCUGGCCACCCGCACCUGGACUCAGAAUGGACCUGAGCACCAGUCGACUGCCUGCCUCCUUUUAUUCAGGCGUAGGAAAGACCGCAGGGUUUGGCAUGUGGGGCCGGGUUUUGAGUUUGAGACACUUCGAGGAGCUCUUGGGGUCGCGGGGCCCUAUGAUCGAUUGGUUCUCCACCCAGGGGUGUAUGAAGAGCAGGCUGAAGUGGCCCUCAAGGUUCCUGUGGAGCUGUUUGGACUUGGCAGGCUGGGUGAGGUCACCCUACUGGUGUGUAUGGAGCAGCAAUGCCCUACUGCGAGGCUGUGUAAUUUGGUUUUCAUGCCACCUUGGUUCUCCACAGUGGUCUACAAGACAUCAUGGGGUCAUGUCCAACUGGAUAACUGCAACUUUGAGGGGGCUCAGCUGCAAGUUCGCGGUCCCGGAAGUUGCCAGGCACGCUUUUGCUCCUUCUCCAAAGGCAGCUCUGUGCAUUUGGUCAAUGUGGCCCUCAGCUUACUGGACAGCUGUGACUUUUCUGGGAGCGAUGCAGCUUCAGUAACAGUGGAAGGUUCUCCAGUGUCUGAAAAAAACUGGGCUUGUAAAUAUAUGGCUGCCCUGGCAAGGACAUUUUCACCGUGUGGGCGCAAUUAUAGUGUCCCGUACAGAGGGAACACCACUGGCAGAGCUUUUUCUAAUGCUGUUCUUACAAAGGAGCAUGUAAGUAAGGACGACUUGCAGAGGGAAAAUGGAUCGGAAGCAACUAAUCAGGGCACAGUGAUUGAAGAUGGAUGGAGUGAUGGUGAGAUUGAGGGGUGCAAAGAGGGCGGAAUCACCAAAAACUCGUUUUCAAUGGAUUAUAAAAUCCCAUGUGACAACCAUGGACUGGCCUACUUACUGAAGCCCCAUGCAGAUGGCUCCUUGCCAUUCUCAUCUUCACCAAAUCCCCCGAGUGUGACUCCAGAACCUCUCACUCUUCAGCAGGAACUGGACCGGGACCCUGAUGCUCAGAUGUUUCUGUCGUCGACUCUUGGCUGUCUGGUCCAGCGUUGUCUCUUCCGGGAAGGCAAGGGAGGAGUCCAUAUAUCCAACUACGGACAAGCUCGACUGGAGGGCAACGUUUUCCGCUGUCUGAACUACGCCGUCAGAUGCAUCCAGAACUCCAUUAUAGUGAUGCUGCAAAAUGAGGUGUUUGAGUGCAAAGCGUCAGGCGUGUUUCUGCGGCUGUCGGCCCAGGGUCUUAUUGCCGAAAAUGACAUCCACUCAAAUGGGGAGGCAGGGCUAGACAUCCGGAAAGGAGCCAACCCCAUAAUUGUGUGUAACCGAAUACACAGUGGCUUGCGCUCUGGGGUUGUCGUGCUAGGGAAGGGAAAAGGCUCACUUCGGAGCAACCGAAUCUAUAACAACAAAGAAGCAGGCCUGUACAUCCUCUUCAGUGGGAAUCCUGUGGUCUGUGGAAACCACAUCUUACAAGGGCAGGCAGCAGGGAUUGCUAUAAAUGAGAACGGCAGAGGAAUCAUAACAGAAAAUGUCAUCAAGGAAAACCAAUGGGGAGGUGUAGAUAUUCGCAGAGGAGGUGAUCCAGUUCUGAAGAAUAACCACAUCUGUCAUGGAUACUCUGAUGGCAUUGUGGUGGGAGAACGAGGCCGUGGACUCAUUGAGGGAAACCACGUCUACUGCAACAAAGGUUGCGGUGUUUGGGUUAUGUCUUCCAGCCUCCCACAGCUCCUCAGAAACUACAUCACCCAUAACUGCAUGUAUGGCCUAGCUGUGUUCUGCAGGAAGGAUCCUGAAAAUAUCGAAGCCAGGGAGGGGAACUGGCCGGCACACGACGGGAUCGAGGAGAACGAGAGGGAAGAACAGGAAAAUCUACAUGAAGAGGGGGAUAUCUUUGCAUGGGAAAGUGACCUGGAUAGUGAGGAUGAACGCCACUCAGCACGCCGCUCCAUCAGUGUGGCACUGGUGGAGAACAACUGCAUGAGCUUUAAUGGAGCUGUAGGUCUUUAUGUUAAAACCAGUGAACCACUCAACAUUUAUGCCAACCUCGUCAAUGCUAACAAGGGCGUUGGCGUUUCCGUGCUACAGAGCAGUCAUCUGACCCGCUUGGUUGCCAACUGUAUUCUUGCAAAUGUCCGAGGAGGCGUUACUGUUGAGACGGACUCCCGCGUCGAGCUUCGUAAUAAUGGCAUAUAUGAAAAUAAGGGCCACGGUAUCAACUUCUAUGGGAUCGGACAAAUGGUUGAGAAUGACGUUGUUGGAAACACUGGCUACGGGAUCCAAGUGUCUGGAAGCUGUGACGUCAAGGUUGUGCGCAGCCGUGUUCAACCAGCACUGGGUUCUGGAAUCGCAAUACUGGGACCAGCAAAAGCAGUGGUUACUGAUAACCAGCUGUUCCAGGGCCACCCAGAGAGCAAAAAAAGCCUUUUAUACUUGGACCCCGGCAACGACAACUGCGUCUUACGCAACAACAGUAUUUCAAGACAUAAUAGCAGCUGUACAUCUUUCCCUCCUUGGAUUCUGGAAAACCCUCCACCCCGUCCCCCAGCUAGCUCACCUUCAGGCCUUUCCUCCUCACAGUACCCGUCACGACUGGGCAUCUCCAUGACAACCAGGAUUAGUGCCACCGUAGAGAGCGGUUGCCACAGUGGCAGCAUGUUCUGUUCUAUCCUGUGA